CGGAACAACCCAAAAGACAGCCAUCUUCAGACUCACUGUCGUGAAGACCUCAAAUCCUACAUAAUUUUUAGUUGGCUUUAAAAGCGUGUGCGGGAUGUUAAAAGUUUUGGAGUUCGUUCUCCUUUGAGAACACGUUUGCAGUAUGAGGGUCACAUUACCUAAGAAGGUCGGAUGACACCUUCGGCACGCCAGCCACGUAUUUUAUAGUCCUUGGUUGUGCUCCCUCGACACAAGGCCAUGAUGUCUCAAGCAGAUAUUGUACUUCGACUGAUAUGGUGGUGCGGGAACCGCUGGGAAAAACAGCAUUAAUUCUGAGGAAAUUACAAGGAGAUACGGAUUUUGCUAAGGACCUGCUGAAUGAGAACAGUGAUCCCGAAUCCGAUUUGGAAGGUGCAAGAGGGGUAAAGAAGAAACAGCCAAAUGUAAAUCGCUAUGAUUUGUUGAAUCAGCAGUCCCAUUCAGAAUCUGAGGUAAAGGAGGAUGAUGAUCAUGAAACUGAAACAGCUAAUUUUCCAAAAGAAGCAGAUGAUGCAAAAGAAUCAAGAAGGAAAAAGAAGAAAAAGAAAAAGAAGAAACCAGAAUUUAAACCAUGGAAUAGUCACAGAAGUAGUGAAGAUAACUUAGAGUUAGAAAAUAAUGAACAAUCAGCUGUAGCCUGGGAACCUGCUCCAGCUAAUCCAAAUGUUUACAGUUAUUCAAAAAGUUUUAUUGAAGCAAGGAAAAAAAUAUUACAUGUUAGCCGCAGGAAUCUGAAUCCAAACAAUGAACUGAAGAGGAAGUUUGGUUCUAAAGUAGUUCAGAAUGAACAGAGUAAGAGAAGAGGCCAUAAUCGUGGAUAUCUUAGGUCAAGUUGUCUUGUGUCACCUAAAGAGAAUUGGCCAUCAAUUGGAAAACUAGGAUUAUCAAUGAGGAUAGCUGCAGAAAUGCAUGGUGUUAUAAUGUCCUUUAAAUAUGAACACAAUACCAACUACCAGCAAAUCCAGAAGAUGUUCCUAGAGGCAGUUGAAAGUCUCAAUCCUGACAUUAUUGUAGCAAUAUUCAAUGAGCACCCUUACCAUGUAGAUGCACUAAUUCAGUUGUCUGAUCUAUGCAAAAUGAGUGAGGAUCUUCAGAUGGCAGCACAACUCAUUGAAAGAGCACUCUAUUGUUUGGAAUGUGCCUUUCACACUCUCUUUAAUAUAGCCACAGGAAACUGUAGGCUUGAUUACCGCAGACAAGAGAACAGGGCCCUCUUCAUAACGUUAUUCAAGCAUCUUACAUUUGUGGGCCAGCGUGCAUGUUACCGGACAGCCCUGGAGCUCUGUAGGGUGCUUCUUUCGCUGGAUCCUGAUGAAGAUCCUCUUGGUGUGAUCUUAUGUGUGGACUUUUAUGCACUUCGAUCAAUGAAAUACGAAUGGUUGAUUUGUGCUUAUGAAGAAUGGGAGCCAAUACGAAAUGUGUCACAGCUGCCAAACUUUGCAUUUUCCGUGGCAAUGGCAUAUUUCCAUUUGGAUGAGGAUCCUGAUUCUGAGAAGAAGCUUACAGCUAAUGAUCUUUUACAAAAGGCCCUAAUUAUGUUCCCUGGGGUGAUCUUGCCUCUGUUGGAGAAGUGUUCUGUUCAGCCAGAUUCCAGGGUAUCUACCCAUCCCUUUUUCACCACAAAAGCAAUAAUGAGUCAGAGUCCAGGAUUGAGCCAGCUGAUACAGUUGUACGUGUGUCGUAACUACUAUCUGUGGAAGGAAUCUGGCAUGUUGGAUUGGCUUGAAAGGAAUGUCCAUGUGGUGUUGGAUCGUGUUGAUGAGGGUGAUCUGUUUGUUGCUGAGUGUGAGGAGAAGAGGAAGAGAUUGUACCAGAAGACUCCACUGAAUGUCCUGAGACAUAUCAUUCUCUCUGACAUCAAAGAAGUGACAGCCACAGUAACUGAUGAUUCUGCAGGACCUAUUCUAAGUUAUGAUCCACUUCCACCUCCAGACUCUGUCAACUUGUAUGUACGUCCACAACGGCCAAAAAUGUAUGAACAUUCCAGUGCUUUCACCAUGUUCUUCAGGUCAUUGCUUCCAAACUUUAACAUCAAUGAACCAGUGCCUGCUGUGGAUGGCCUUCAGUUAAUGAAUGAUGCUGGUGGAGGGGGGGAAGCGGAAGGUGCAGUGGCUGCCCGAGUUGACUUGACUCGAAGUGUGACCUCUUUGCUGGAUGCAAUGAGGGAUCUUCUUUCUAAUAUUCACUUACAGCCUGAUGUUCCUAAUGAUGCUGACAUUGAUGAAGAUUCAGAUGAUUAGGAGAGAAAUAAAUGAAGUCACAUUUAUCAUAGUUGAUAUAUGAAUAAUAUUUAUGCUUGGUUAUUGUAUGCAUGAUUUCUAAGUAAUUACAAACUCAAUAUGGAAACCACAGUUGAUAUUUACCAUGUGAGCUCCUCUUUUCUUUUAUCUCUCUUUUUUUCUUUUUCUCUCCCCCUUCUUUCCCUGCUAUUCUAUGGCAGAGUGUAAAUCAAGUACACUAAAACCAUGUGGUUCUGUGUUCAUUGUUUUGUCACAGUCUGGGGUAUACUGAUAUGAGUAAUGAUGAAUGUUUUGAUGCUCAGUAAUAUAUGAGUAGUGUUAACAGUCCUUUGAAUUAAAGGAUUUUAGAUAAAUUCUUUGGCAGGACCACAUAAAAAAUAUAAUAAUAAUAAUAAUGUAGGUUUAUUCUAAAAAUGACAAGGUGAAAACUUUUUGUACAUUAGGAACAUGGACUAUAAAUUUCAUUAUGUUUCAUAUACCAGAGUUUCAGUUGAUAUUUAGGGAGUGAUUUGAUAAAUUGUUACUGGUCUUAGACUUUAAGUGAAGACUGAAAUAUUAGUGUGACCAUGCAAAAUAUCCCCUCCCCCUCCGACCGUCAUACGCAUUAGUAUAUUGGUAUUUUGCAGUGCUCUCCAAUGUUCAGUAUGAGGAACAUACAAUAAAUUUCAGGACUGAAACUUUUUGUUGUACUUGGAAUGCAAAUUUUUGGAGAAGUCAGAAUUAUGUUUAUAAUUAAAUAAGAAUUUAUCCACUGAUUACACCUGACACUGGUUCAAGCUGUGUUCAUAUCUCUACACUGUAAUCAUUGUAAUUCUUGAGGAAAUGUGCUGAAAAGUAUUUCACUGCUCUGUUUUUUAUAAGCAAGAUUUACAUGCCAUUAAGGAAGUCAGUGGGAGGCCAGAAGUUUAAAAUGAUGAACAGGUUUUGCAGCAUGUUUAACAUUUCUUGAAGUUGCUUUGGAAAUCUUGUAUGCAGCUAGGUUUAUUAAAUUCAUACAACAGAAAAAUAUAUGGAAUUGGAAGGUAUUUAUAAAGUAAAAUAGAGGCUUUCAUACAGCAUAUUUACAAGGUACAGAACAAAGACAAGUUAUGGAAUUUCUUGUAUGUUCCUUGUAAUAUUUUGAAACUGUCUACUGGAAUAUUUGUUUUGAUUCAUUGGUUGUAUGUUUGUGAAGGAAUUUGACUGUGACUCAAUAUUUAUGUAUUGUUUGCAGUCAUGGUACAAAGUGAACAUGUAUUGCAGAAAAAUGUACAUAUGUGUGUUUUGCCUCUCAAAUUGUAUUACAGCUUUGUAUGAAAUUUUGUAUGAGAGGUUUAUAUUUAUAGUUAUCAGGCAAGUAAUAUUAGACUUCUUACUUUAAGGAUGUAAAUUAAUUGUUGUUCUGUAGGUAAAAAUAUGUAACUACACAAUAGAGAGUUCUUUAUCUUA